AUGUACCUCAAUAAUGCAACCCGCGUCCUGACUGCGGCUUUUCGCGGUACAUCCUCCUUUGCGGUUCGCAUCGCCGAGUACUGGAAAUCAUGGCCCAAGAAGAGACAAAAGCAUUCUGUUGUGCUCGUCCUGUCAAUGUUUAUCUUUUGCCUCGGUCUAAAGCUAGGAUCUGGCCUGUUCUAUGCCCAUUACUGGGACCGAGCGACAAUAUCCAGCUUCCCAAAUUCGCCCUACGUUGAUUACUGGGAGUGGGAGACAACGUCCCGCUUCUCGAAUGCGCACAACGUCAACGAAACUGAGGAAAGUAGUGGCGGUGAUGACUUUUGCGACUCCUUCCCAUCAUACCACCUCUCGCGUGUUCAAGUCAUGCUCAAAAUCGGCAGUACAGAGCCUCGUAGUCGUGUUGAUACCCAUCUGGCCACUGUUACCCGCUGCAUAACUAAUCUCAUUGUCGUCUCUGACCACGAGUCGGAAAUCAAUGGUCACCAUGUUCAUGAUAUUCUCGCAACCCUGCCAGGAAGCUGGGGGAAUCGGCCCGACUUUCAAGCAUAUAGCGCGCUCCAGGGCGGCCAAUUCGAGACUGUUGGUGGUUCUCAGGGCUGGACACUUGACAAAUACAAGUUCCUGCCCAUGGUCGAACGCGCUUAUGAAAUGAAUCCAACUGCUCAGUGGUUUAUUUUUAUCGAGUCUGAUACAUACAUUGUGUGGGAUAAUAUAUUUCGUCUUCUUGACCAGUUUGAUCCCUCUGUUCCUUUAUACUUUGGCUCCCCAACUCCGGGAAGAAGGCCCUCUUUCUUUGCCUAUGGGGGUGCUGGGUUUGUGUUGUCCACUGCCGCAAUCCAGAGGCUGGUGGCUCGUAAGGCUAGGAGCAACGGCGUGUAUAGCCAGCCUUCUUUGAGUCAGCGUUACAAGGGGUUGAUCAAUAAAGAUUGUUGCGGUGAUUCAAUACUUGGAUGGGCACUCUACCAAAGUGGAGUGAAGCUGUCUGGGAUGUGGCCAAUGUUCAAUCCACAUCCUGUGCAUGGGGUUCCAUUUAAUGAACGGCAUUGGUGUCAGCCGGUGAUUAGCAUGCAUAAAUUAUCGCUGGAAGAUAUGGCGGGGCUGGCGAGGUGGGAGAAUCAACGGGACCGAAAGCUUCCAUUGUUAUACGCCGACCUAUUCGAGUACACAAGAUUAGGCACCCUCGACUAUAAGACAGACUGGGACAAUGGUGACUGGGGCGGAUGGCAAGAACCGCCCCAAUCACCCGGCCAUAGAUCUGCUGAGGCCUGUGCGACUGCAUGCCAUGAGCAUCCCCAGUGUUUCUCAUAUACCUAUGUACAUUCUGGUCACUGCGUUUUUGUUCCAUCCAUGCGACUAGGCGCACAAAAGUCUGCCACAGAAGACACGACCCUCUCAGCCGGAUGGGACAUGGAGAAAAUCAGGCGGUUCCGGGAUACCCACAAAUGUCAGCGACCUCAGUGGGUGAAGCCAAGUACGGAACGCAUCUUUUGA